AUGUUAUCGCUGAUACCACAGGACUCACUCAACCAAGUAGUAAUUGGUGCCAUAGAUUGCACGCACAUACCUAUUAAGGCACCUAUUGAAAAUGAACAUAUUUAUGUAAAUAGAAAGAGUUUCCAUUCUCUGAAUGUGCAAGUCAUUUGCAAUGCUGAGAUGCUGAUUACCAGCUUCAGUGUCAAGUAUCCUGGUGCCACAAAUGAUGCCUUCAUUUGGAGAAAUUGCCCUUUAAGAGACAGAUUUGAGGCUGGGACCUUCAGAGAUCUUCAUCUGUUAGGAGACAGUGGAUAUCCUCUUGAACCAUACCUGCUGACACCCUUCCAUGACCCCAUGACUGAAGGUGAGCGGCAGUACAACAGGAGCCACAAAAUUACAAGGGUCAUCAUUGAACAAACCUUUGAUGUCCUGAAGUCUCGCUUUCGCUGCCUUCACCGUUCAGGUGGAUCACUGCAGUACGACCCCAAGAAGUGUGCUAAAAUAGCUGCUACGUCCAUGUGGCUCCACAAUAGGUGCAUAAGAAGAAGAAUUCCAAUGAUCGCACCAGUUGGGAAUGAUGAUGGUAUGAAUAAUGACAAUGACAUCAUACAUGGUGAUCACAACCCCACAGGGCAAGAUGUGAGGAGGGAAAUAGUUGAGGGCUUUUUCACCUAAAUGUAGACAGUUCAGUGACUAAGUGAUAUUAUGG